GCCGGUCGGAGGCGGCCGAACCGCAGUAGGGAGAGAGCCGGGGGGCGGGACGCUGCGCAGCGGCCUCUGCUCUUUCCGCGGCUUUCCGACUCCCUGUCCUAGAUUUUCCGCUUCGCGGCUUGGGGUCACCUCUGGUUUGCUUCUCGUAGGAGUCGCAAUCCCAGCAGGAAUAGCUCAGAAGAGGACGCUGUUCCCGUACCGAAGGGUUCGGCACCAGCAGCCCGACCAUCGCGCGGCGGGAUGUCUGUGGUUGGCAUUGACCUCGGCUUUCUCAACUGCUACAUCGCUGUUGCGAGGAGUGGCGGCAUCGAGACCAUCGCCAAUGAGUACAGUGACAGGUGUACCCCGGCCUGUAUAUCAUUGGGAUCAAGAACCCGAGCCAUUGGAAAUGCAGCAAAGAGCCAGAUAGUCACAAAUGUAAGAAAUACAAUUCAUGGCUUCAAAAAGCUUCAUGGGCGGUCAUUUGAUGAUCCCAUUGUGCAAACUGAAAGGAUCAGGCUUCCCUAUGAACUGCAGAAGAUGCCUAAUGGAAGUGCAGGAGUUAAGGUGCGGUACUUAGAAGAAGAGAGACCUUUUGCAAUCGAGCAAGUUACUGGAAUGCUGUUAGCCAAGCUUAAAGAGACUUCAGAAAAUGCUUUGAAGAAACCAGUGGCCGACUGUGUGAUUUCAAUUCCUAGUUUUUUCACUGAUGCCGAGAGAAGAUCUGUGAUGGCUGCCGCCCAGGUUGCAGGCUUAAAUUGUUUAAGGCUGAUGAAUGAAACUACUGCAGUUGCAUUGGCAUAUGGAAUUUAUAAACAGGAUCUUCCCUCAUUAGAUGAGAAACCAAGAAAUGUAGUAUUUAUUGAUAUGGGACAUUCUGCCUAUCAGGUCUCGGUUUGUGCUUUUAACAAAGGAAAACUUAAAGUCUUGGCUACUACCUUUGAUCCAUAUUUGGGUGGCAGGAACUUUGAUGAGGCUUUAGUAGACUACUUCUGUGAUGAGUUCAAGACCAAAUAUAAGAUAAAAGUGAAAGAAAACUCUCGGGCCUUGUUGCGUUUAUAUCAGGAAUGUGAAAAACUAAAGAAGCUAAUGAGUGCAAAUGCAUCAGAUCUUCCAUUGAACAUUGAGUGUUUCAUGAAUGACCUUGAUGUUUCUAGUAAAAUGAACAGGGCUCAAUUUGAACAACUGUGUGCUUCCCUUUUAGCCAGGGUUGAGCCACCUUUAAAAGCAGUAAUGGAACAAGCUAACUUACAACGUGAAGAUAUUAGUAGUAUAGAAAUUGUAGGAGGAGCAACACGAAUUCCUGCAGUGAAAGAACAGAUCACCAAAUUCUUUCUUAAAGACAUAAGUACCACAUUAAAUGCUGAUGAAGCUGUUGCAAGAGGAUGUGCAUUACAGUGUGCGAUUCUCUCACCAGCAUUUAAAGUGCGUGAAUUUUCCAUAACAGACCUUGUUCCUUACUCAAUCACAUUAAAGUGGAAGACCUCUUUUGAAGAUGGAACUGGGGAAUGUGAAGUUUUCUGUAAGAACCAUCCUGCCCCAUUCUCAAAAGUCAUUACUUUCCACAAGAAGGAACCAUUUGAACUAGAAGCAUUUUAUACUAAUUUACAUGAAGUGCCUUAUCCCGAUGCAAGAAUUGGGAGCUUCACUAUUCAGAAUGUUUUUCCACAGUCUGAUGGUGAUAGUUCCAAAGUGAAAGUUAAAGUUCGUGUUAACAUCCAUGGAAUCUUCAGUGUGGCUAGUGCAUCAGUAAUUGAGAAGCAGAAUUUGGAAGGCGAUCACAGUGAUGCUGCAAUGGAGACAGAAACUUCAUUUAAAAAUGAAAACAAAGAUAAUGUGGAUAAAAUGCAGGUUGACCAAGAAGAAGGAGGGCAUCAAAAAUGUCAUGCUGAACACACCCCAGAAGAGGAAAUUGAUCAUACAGGAGCCAAAACAAAGUCAGCUAUCUCAGACAAACAAGACCGAUUAAAUCAGACACUUAAAAAAGGAAAAGUCAAGAGUAUUGAUCUACCCAUCCAGAGUAGCCUAUGUAGACAACUGGGCCAAGAUCUUCUCAACAGCUACAUUGAAAAUGAGGGGAAGAUGAUUAUGCAAGAUAAGUUAGAGAAAGAAAGAAAUGAUGCUAAGAAUGCUGUUGAAGAAUAUGUGUAUGAUUUUAGAGACAGGCUGGGCACUGUCUAUGAAAAAUUCAUUACUCCAGAAGACUUGAAUAAACUGUCUGCAAUGUUGGAAGACACAGAAAAUUGGCUUUAUGAAGAAGGAGAGGACCAACCUAAACAAGUGUAUGUGGAUAAGCUUCAAGAACUAAAGAAAUAUGGCCAGCCUAUUCAAAUGAAGUACAUGGAGCAUGAAGAGAGACCAAAAGCCUUAAAUGACUUGGGAAAAAAGAUUCAACUUGUCAUGAAAGUGAUAGAAGCGUAUAGAAACAAGGAUGAAAGAUAUGAUCAUUUGGAUCCUGCUGAAAUGGAAAAGGUUGAAAAAUACAUCAAUGAGGCCAUGAGUUGGCUGAACAGUAAGAUGAAUGCACAGAACAAACUAAGUCUCACUCAAGAUCCUGUGGUAAAAGUUUCAGAAAUAGUUGCAAAGUCAAAGGAACUGGAUAAUUUCUGUAACCCCAUCAUUUACAAGCCCAAACCAAAAGUAGAAGUUCCUGAAAACAAAGCAAAUGCUAACAGUGAACACAAUGGCCCAAUGGAUGGACAGAGUGGAACUGAAACUAAGUCAGAUUCAACAAAAGACAGCUCACAGCAUACUAAAUCCUCUGGAGAGAUGGAAGUGGACUAAGUCUUAAUUUUACCUUCACAUAAUUCAAACAGUGCAAGUAACCACUGGGUCCAUCCUUUACACCUGGUACACACAACAGAUGUUCAGUUGUUCUUAACUACUUUUUGUCAUUUGUUUUUUUGGAGUAGUUUUGAAAAGCGUUUUACAUUGAGUACACUUCUGUUCAUUUCCAUUGCUGCUUAUAUGAAGCUUUAGCCGAAUUAGAUCUGUAAGACAAUUUAAGCUUUCCGGAUACAUGUUACUUCAAACAUGUAGGAUUAAUACAUAGUUGGCAACAGUCUACCUUAUUUAAAGCUUCUACUGGGAUAAACCUCAAUUCCUUUAUUCAGGAAAGGAUACUUUAUUGCACUAUUGCUGCAGAAGCAUAGAUUUAAUUGCAUCUUUAUUUUGAAAAACAAAUGGAAAUUGAUGGGGUUUAAAGCCCCGGAGGCACUGACUUUUUUCUAGUUAUUGUAUUGUUACAAUUUAAGUAUUAAAUAGGUUUCUUAAAAAAUUAGUCCAUCUCAUUGAUGUACCACAGAAAUCCAAAGCUUUGCUGUCAUCACAUAAAUGAACUAAAUCACAUGUUGAAAGGGAGCACACCCAAUUUUAUGUUAAGGUGACACCAGCAGUUUUUUUUUAUUAGUAAUGUGGAUUGUUGUUUGUUUUCUCAGAGUAAUUCAUUGUCUUUUUCGCUUGAAAUUUUUGAUCUUGUCCUGAAGACUAGCUGCUGCUAAAAACAAUGCUAGCCUAAAGAUACAGGAGUCUCUUUGACAAAAUGACCUUCAUGUUAAGGGGAAAUGCUGUUUAUCUACUCAGACAUCCAUCUGUGAUGUUCAUAGUCUUGUUUCAGUUAUAAUAGUUGUCUUGUUUUUUUCUUGAUUUUGUUAAUAUUAUAUACCUUAAUAGGGUAGGGAGAAGUGGCACAGUGUAUUGCAUUAUAUACAUUUAUCGUUGAUUUAGCUAAUGUUACAUUGUAGAUAAACACUAUUAAGUGGUAAUACUUGAAAAGGAGCACUUAUACAAUAAGUCUUAAGAAAUAAUGUUUGUAAUAAACUUAACUAUGUUACAUAUCAACAGGCAAAAAUAUAGAAUGUUACAUAGUGUUAUGUGAUUAAAUUGUAGUUCUUGCUGUUACAUUACCUUUUGAAA